UUUAAGAUAAUCGUAAAUUCAGAUUGUUUACUUUUGUUUGAAAUUUCGGCAUGAUAAAGUUAUUUGUGUUAUUGUGAAUUAAGUUGUUAUUUUUAAUCUAGAUUAAACAUACAAUAAGUGGGCGAAUGUGGUUCAGUAGUGCAGCAUUUGUUGGACAUAAUUCACUCUUAUUAACAGUGAAGAACUUUCGAUGAGAAAAUUUAAAUUCAGUGCAGUCAAGGAUCCUCAUCACAAUGUAUUACUAUGAGCUUCUCUAAACAUUCCCAGGAAAAUCAAUGAUUUUUGCAUUAUUAAUGAUUCCCAUGCAUAAUUACUUCAUAUUUAUAUUCCAUGAAAAUAACAUAAAAAUAUUAAAUAAAUAUUUACAAUCAAGCAAUAAGCAACAAAAGAGUUUCAUGUGAAAUCUCAUAAUUUUCACUCAAUAAAGUUCAAUUUUACGACAGACUUUAAGGCUGCUAUGUAAGAAAUUGAGUCCUCAUCAAUCAUAUUGUUCUUAUUAUGACUGGAUUAUGACAAUUUAGAGUAAAUAAUCAGUUUAUGUGCGGUACUACACACUUAGAUCUUUAAUGAGUUUAUUAUUGCUUUGCGUAUCUCAAGUAAAUUGAUUGUUAUUUAUUUAUUGACACAUUCAUAUCAGCGAUGAUGCCAUUAAUGUCUUUUUCUCAUUUUUCACUCAAUAAUUCAGCAGAACAGCUAUAAUAAUCAUUAAAAUAGAAUCCGUAGAGGUAAAAAGUGAAGAUAUGCAUACACAUACAUAUAUCAUCAUCAUAAGAAUGAAUAUAAUAACUAAGGAUGUCGUCAAUUCAAAUGAAUUAAGUAUAAUUAACAAAAAAAAAGAGAGAGGGAGAAAGAGAGAGUAAAGAAGAAGAACUCUCAUUUUUUUAUUGCACUAAAAGGCGUUCAAAUUAAUCCUAGCAUGACAUAACGAAAGAUAAGAAGUGCGCAAAAAUUUCAUUGUCACGUGUUAUGAGAUAAAGCAAAUGUAUCAAAAAGGACACAUAUGUCUGUUCUAAAUACUAUUUUUCACAUAACCCCCUUUUCUACGAUAGAAUCUUAAAUAAAUAAAAUUAUUUUAAAUAAAAUUCCCAAACAAUUUAAAAUGUGAGAAAAAAAAAUUCAAAAGAAAACAACUUUUUUAAUGUAGAAGUUCCCAAAAGAAGAAGGUUCUAAAACAUGUGUUCAACUCUUGUCAUUAAAAUAGUUUACACACUCGAAUAAUUUUGGGCAAUUGUCAAUUUAGCAACAGAUUUUGUAAAAUCAGUGGGAGUUUUUCAGCAUUUUGGAUUUUUCUUUUGGGGAAGGACUCGUGUUCCUUAGCUAAAACUAAGAUACUAGCUCUCAAACUAAACCAUUUGAGAUUAGGGCUGUUCAUAAUGAUAAGGUAAAGAGACCUAACAUUCAAAAGUUUUAAAUAGAAUUUAAAAAUGCGUCUAUAACUUCCAUCCAACAUACUUCUAUUACUAUACCUCACACAGAACUUUGGAAAUGCUAAUUAUUUACUUCCAUGUCUUAUAAUAACAGAACUGGACUAAUGAUAAAAUGAUGGACUAUUUUCAUAGGACAUUAACAUUGUGAGAAGGUGAAGGAAGUAAAAUUACACGUAAAUUAUCAUAAUUUCUCUAUUACAAAUCUCUCAACUUAAGUACUUUCUAUCCACUUAAUUGACAUUGAGAGAAACUAAAAUUCAAUAAAUAAAAGCAGGCAGGGCAGAUUUGAUAAGUAAAAAGCAGGAUAGCGGAGGCGUUUGAUUUAAUCUUAAUCUUACGUUUUAUCUUAUAUUCUCAAUACACUUGUCUUUUGUUUCUUUAUAUCAAUUUUAUCACGAUGAUGAUGAUGAUGCGCGCAUAUGACCCGCAAGAUUAUCGCGCGCUCGAGCCACAAAGAUGUGUUUAUUUUCUGCUCGAGGUCAAUCACUAAAAAGAAAUUUUUUGUUUUUGCAUUUCUUUCAUUUAUUUUUACGCAGUGUGAUGUUGGAUGUACUCUUUGGGAAAGUGCCUUGGAUUCCUCAUGUCAGAGAGUUUGUAACAAAACCGAAAUAAAUGAUUUUGACAAUCGUCAGAUCUAUUGUAUCAAGGGAUGCAAUGAGGCAUCAAAUUUUUAUUUUCAAUGGAUAAAACAGGAAGUACAAUCGCCCAUGGCACCAGCAUUAAUUCCCGACUCACUUACAUCGACAAGUCUCUCACUUGAGUGGUCAGUGCCAUCAAAAUUUUCCGAACUGGCUAAAGGCAAUUUAUUUAAAAAGACAAAAAAUGAAACUUAUUUUGUGCAAUGCUAUGAAGAUUAUGAGGAUGAUUGGAAAUUGUGUGGGAAGCAAACGAUUUAUGAAAAUUCUACAAUUCGACUUGAAAGUAUUCAUCCAUAUACAAAAUAUAAAUUCAGAAUUGCGCUACUUCUGUCAGAGAAUGAGGCAAUCUACUCAGAGCCGAGUGUUGUCAUCAGUACAAAUGAAGAAGGCAUACCUGAAAGUGAGCCGGUAAUCUUACAAGCAGGAGCUGUUGAUCAAACAAGAAUUAUGGUUUCAUGGAAGUCUGGAUUGAGAAAUAAUGGACCCAUACUCAAAUAUGCUCUAAGAAUUGAUGAUUUGGUCCAUGGGUACAAUGCAAUCAAGGAAGUGGAUGCAUCAAAUGAGACUAAUUACUACAUUUUUGAGAAAUUAUCUCCCGAAAGAAAUUACUCGAUACAAAUAAGAACGAGAAAUGCUCGUGGAUUGGGACCAUUUGCGGAAGCUAGAACAGUGACAGCGCCUUACUUAAAAGAUGAUGGAGCUUCUGAAGAUCCAAAAUUAAUUCUUGCAACUGAAUACAAAAUUGUAUCACAAGGGAAAGACUUCUUAAUGGCUCAACCAACGACAUUCUAUACAACAAACACUUCUAAAAUUUCGGGCAUUGCACUGGAUGUGAGAAAGAAGCUAAUUUUUGUUGCCGAAGAAAAUGGAUGCAUAUAUCAAGCAUCACUUGAUGUAUCACUGAAAGCUGAGAAGAAAGAAGUCAUUUGUCAGAAAAGUGGAUUAAAUUUCAAGCCUUCACUUCUAUCCGUUGAUUGGCUCAAUGAUCAACUAUACAUAAUGGGUGAAAUGACAUCAAAUUCACAACAUCAGUCAAUUAAAAGCUGGUCGAUUUCAAGAUGCGAUUAUGAUGGAAAGAAACUCAUUGUAGCUGUUGGCGGUUUGAAUGAGAAGCCAGCAUAUAUUGAAGUCGAUCCUUAUAAUGGUUACUUGUUCUGGGUGAUAACAGGCGAAUCAGCUUCAUCAGAUGGCUUAUUUAAACUCGACUUGGGGGAGAUUUCCAAUGGAAUUAAGCAUGAAACAAAACCUAAUCGAUUGAUUGCCGGAACGAAAUUGGGUGCAUUUGUUGUUGAGCCAACAAGGUUUCGUUUAUUAGUUCCAUAUCAAAAUGAUAAUACAAUUAUGGCUGUAUCAUUAAAUGGACAUAUUGAGGAUAUCAGAAAGAAUACACAAAGUCCAUUAUUACAUUCUGUCAAGUCCCUCGUGCAAUUAAAUGGAUUGUUUUAUUGGACUAAUGGAAUCGAGUAUCGUGCUGAAGAAUAUCACGAGAAGCAUAAUGUUUACUAUCAUAAUUCUUAUAAUGAUGCAACUAAUUCCACAAUAAUAGCAAUUCGUGUUAAUUCAUCAUAUUCACAACCAAUUCCGAUUCCAUUAAAUCCACCAAAAAGCUGUCAAUCACUUUUGAGUUCAAAUCAAGCUAGAAUCUCAUGGGAAACUCCAGAAGCAUUUGGAGAACAAGGCAAAGGUGCAUUUAAAAAUUGGAACUAUAAAUUGGAAAUAUCAAGUGACUCCGACACACGAAAAGUUGAAAAUAUUACGGGCAAUUCAUUCCUAGUUGAAAAUCUAGAACCAAACAAACUCUAUUCAUUUAAAGUUGCUGCAUAUACAUCUGGUGGAUCGGGUCAAUGGUCGAAAGAGUUUAAAGCAAAAACAUUGAAAAGUUCCGAUGAACGACACUUAAUAUGGGCAUCUAAUGAAGGUCUCAUGCAGUCAGAUGUAACAGGGGAGAAUAUUAUUACAUUGAUCUCGAAAGAAGAACUUGGUGAUGUCAUUGUUAGUGAUGUCACAUGGAUAGAAGAUUUACUUUAUAUCGUAGCUAAUUCUACGCUUAGAGUUUACAAUCGAACAAGUGGCUUAAUAACAAAAUUCGAUAAAUUUGAUAAUGUUGGUGGCGUUGCAGUUGACUGGCUUGGCAGGCGUCUUUAUUGGUCGAAUCCAUCACAGCAAAUUAUUCAGCAUAGUCAAUUAGAUGGUGAACAUGACGAGCCACUCUCAUUUAGUGCAACUGUUCGCGAAAUAAAAAUAGAUUCGCUGAGGGGAAAUAUUUACUACUCGACAGGCCUAACAAUUGAAAGUUGUCGCUUGAAUGGGAAAAAUGAGCGAAAAUAUUUUCGUGUACAGCCAUACAGUGGAAAAUUAGUGAUGGGAUUGACACUCGAUAUGGACAAUCAAAUCGUUUAUUGGAUCGUUCGAAGUCAUUUGGGUUCAAGUUUAUUUUCAGCAAAGUUUAUGGAUCUUAUGGGUGAAGAAGAUGAGCCAAUUGAAUAUAAAUUGACAGAACGCAAUCUAAGUGGACCAUUGACACAUUUCAGUGAUCGCUUGGUAUGGAGACAAAAUGAUAAAACAAUUGUUUUUGGUGAUAUUCAAGGCAAGAAUCUUGCAUUCUUUGAAAAUGAGAAGCUUAAUGGAUUGACCUGCAUCGUUGUAAUUGAUAAGACUCAUCAUCAAUUCCCCGAUAAUGUUUUUGGGGAAGUGAGUGUGAUUCCCGAACAAGUUUCAGAGGAUUCUAUCCAAAUUAUUGGUACUUAUAAAUUCUUUAAUAUUACUUGGAAACCUGUCAAGAAUGUAAAUUACGGCAAAGUCUAUUAUGAUAUUAGAGUACAGUCACUAAAGACUCCUGAUGUCACUUCUGAACAACAAAGCAAUGUCUUUCAAUUCCCAACAAAUAAUCUUGAACCCUAUACAAAAUUAGAAAUUUAUAUCAAAGCAUUUACUUCUUGGGGAUCAUCCGUAAUUGCAAAAAGAUCAGUUUUUUCACCUCCUGGCUUUCCAAGUGCACCAAUUAAUCCAAGAGUCUAUACACGACAUCUUCAUAGACCAAUGGAAUCAAAUGUUCAAGUCAGUGCUAUCUUCAGAUGGUCAUUGCCUAAGCAACCGAAUGGCAAAAUUUUAGGAUAUAAAGUUCGAUGCAGCCUUAAUGAAAAUAAUGUUACAAAGCUAGUCAACAACAAGACAGUGACUGGAUUAGAACACACAUUUGAAAAUCUCAAAAAGGACACACAUUACAUCUUUGAAGUUCUAGCUUAUACAGAAGUUGGCGAUGGAAAUAGUUCAGAGAGCAUUUACAUCCGUACAGAUGCACAUUUAGAGAGACCCGUACCUAAAAUAUUAGUUUCAACACAAGAGGAAAUUUUAGAAGUUGAUCUAGAUUUACAGCAAUCGAAACUUUUACAAAGCACACGAAAUCCAAUAGUAGCAUUCACUCACAUUGCACAUGAACAGAAACUUUACUGGUUUGAUGAUAAUAAUGAAUUAAUUUCAUAUAAUAUAGAGACGCGGGAAUCAAUAAAACUGAUAAGCACAAAAUCAACUGUACAAGCUAUGACUAUUGACUGGGUUGAACGCGUGCUGUAUUGGUCUCAAAUCGAUGACAACAAAGGCGUCAUUUAUUCAUAUAAUUUAAACAAAGCUGAGAAUGUUAUAUACAAGCCAUUCAAUGAUCAGAAUAAAGCUUUUAAAAUAAUUGACCGUGAAAAUGUUAUUUCUGACCUAGUUGUCUCACCAUUUGAUCGAAAGCUGUUUUGGAUUGAGAAGCAUGAAAAGCUUGAGGAAGAAUCUGGUAUUUAUUACUUAGAUCUUGAAAAGAAUGAAGUAAAAAUGUUGUUUGAAGAAAAUGAGGAAUGCCUUAAUAUGACAACAACAACUAUGUCUCCAAAUCCUGGAUCCUUAACAUUCGCUACCACACCAAUCUUAUCUGAAAACUCAACAGUCAGCAAUAGAAAGCAUGAAUCGAUUCUAAUUUUUGAAAUGGGAAAUGAUCUUACAAGACAAUUUGCGGCUACGGAUGUGAACAAUAAGAAGUGCAUUGAUUUUGGAAAGAUUUACAUUGCAGAACGAACAAAUUUGGCUAAAGACAGCAAUAAAGUUUAUUGGAUUAAUGAGGAUCUAGUUUAUGCACGGGAAGAUUUUAAACGCAAUUCAUUUUCACAGCCAAUACCAGCAAAAUCAAAUAGGUUGCUGGCAUUUUAUCAGCAAUACUUUCCGAAAAAGCGUUGUCUCAUUCCAAUAAAUAGAAGUAAACGCGUGAAACUAUUAAGCAGCACAGACACAACUUUAAAGAUUGAAUUACCAAAGCCAGAACUACCAGAAGAUUGUAAGCUUAAAAGUGUCCCUAUAAAAUACACAAUUAUCUACAGUGACACAGAAUUCGGGAACUUGAGUGUACCCGAUCCAAGUUGCUUGGAUAAUGAAUGUCGGAAAAUCCAGACUUAUAAUCGCAUUGAAACAAUUGAAAUGCUCAAGCCAUUCACACAUUAUUCGAUUAUGAUUGCACUGUCGAGUGUCUUUGACCAGACAAAUAAAUUACAAUAUGGAGAAAUAUCAGACUUUUUGACAGAUUCAGGAACACCAUCACCACCAAGAAAUAUUUCAGCAAUUCCAUUAAGUUUCAAUGAAAUAAGUGUAAGCUGGUUGAGACCAAAAGUUUUUAAUGCACCCCGUCUGACUUAUCACAUUCAUUGGGAGACAGAACAUCAUAAAGAACAGACUAGAAACAAUCAACAGAAGCAAGUGUCUGAUUUAAGUGAGCGUAAUGAUAACUCAAUAUCGGACGAAUAUUUAUCGACAAUAAUUAAAGUUUCGCCAAAUCAGCAAUAUAAAAUAUGGGUACGAGCUAAUUCAAAGAAUGAAACUUACAGUGAAAGCGAAAAGAUUUAUGUCCUUUCAUAUCCAGAACCACAGCCAAUAAAGCUGAUGUCAAAUACAUCAACAAGUAUGAUUAUUCGAUGGAAUCCACCAGAAAAUGUAUCACAUUUUGACAUCCAAUAUUCAAGACAAGAUUCAUACGACGAAGUUCACGAUGUCACUAAUGUCUUGUCACCAGAACAUCCAAAUUCCUUCCUUGUUGACAGUUUAGAACCAAAGACAAAAUACAAUUUCUCAAUAUCAAUCAGGUAUAUCAAUAGUAAUCGUACAUAUCGUUGGAUGCCGCCGCAAAAGAUUGAAUUUGAAACUGAUGGAGAUGUUCCAUCAGCUCCCGGCAAGCCAGUCAUUGAACACUUUAAAGACGAUGUUUAUAAAAUAGUUUGGAAUGCAUCAAAAGAGAAUGGAGCACCAAUUAUUGAGUAUGUUCUUGAAUCAAAAAAGAUUUUUAAUCCUCAAGAGUAUCUCGAGAAAAGAGCAAAGCGAUCAGUCGAUGAAUCCAAUGACAUCAAUCAAGAAGCAACAGAAAAUGAAGACACUACAGACAUGAUCCCAAUCGAAUAUGAAGUUAAUCUUCAAGAAAAAUGGAAUGUAGCAUACAACGGAGUUGAUACUCACUAUAUAGUAACGAAUGUAAAACUAAUUGAUCAGCAUGUCUUUCGUGUAAAAGGGAGAAAUAGCUACGGAUGGGGGCUUCAUAGUCAACUCAGUGAUAUCUUUAAUUCUACUCAAAUUAAUAACGAAAGAUUUGCAAAUGGAGUCAAAGCUGAAACGUCAAACUUUUUGAUGCUUCUAUUGUCACUACUGCUUGCCUUUAUAGUCAUUUUCAUAUGUGUGACUAGCUCGAUUAUUGUAGUUUAUCGUAAUCGAAGAGAAAAGAAGUUCCGUGAAGAAGGUAUUCCAAUACCUGACUUUGAACUAUCAACUUUGAGAGAUUUACAGCUUGGCGACAACAUGAUAUUGAACAAUCGUAACAUCCUCUAUAACCACUUCUAUGGACCAUUCCUAAAUCCAGAAAUCAAACAUUUGCCACAAAUCCAUCAAAAUCAAAUUAUUGUCACUGAUCGAUGUCUGGGUAAAGGAGCUUUUGGUGAAGUUUGGAGUGGGGUUGUCAAAAAUGAUGAUGGAGCUGAUGAACUUGUUGCUAUUAAGUGUUUUAAUGUGGGAAGUUAUGACUCUUGGGCAGCAGCCAUAUCCAGCCAGAACGAACAUUGAAGUGCUACAGUACGUUCGAAGUGGCGGUAGAUUAUCACGUCCAAACCAGAAUUGCCCAGAAGAAUUAUACCAAUUAAUGACUAAAUGUUGGAAUCGAAUCGAUCAACGUCCAACAUUCCGUUACUGUCUGGAAGUUUUGUCACAAUUGCAAAAUAAUUGCAUGUUUUUAUAUCCAGAUGUUGAGCUGUCAUUUCCAAACGAUAUCAGCUAUAAAUAUGUAUCUAGUGACGAUUCAUCAAUAUUAAAUGAAAAAUUGAACUCAAAGGAUGAGACAUCAGGGGAAUUAAUGAGUGGUCAGCAGCCAAAAUAUCUGGAGCUUAUGUAUGAUGAGAAUGACGAGAGGAAUAUUGAGAAUAUGUGUGAAGCUCCAUUAAAUUAUAGUGAUAAUAACCAAAACAAUAAUAAUAUUAAUAAUAACAAUAAUAUAGACAAUCACCAAGUAACUAUAAAAGACGAAGGCUAUGAAAUUCCAAUAAGUUUUGAUAAUUUAGAUAUUAAUGCAAAUAAUGAACUAAAUAGUAAUCUCUCUAAGUCACGUACACUCUCAAAUUCAUCAACUGUUAGUCAUAAGAGCGAGCCGAAUCAAAUCAAUCAUGCAUUUUAUCCAAUUGCAUUAGAAUCAUGUAAAAGAUCAUCAUUAAUUUUAGAUAGAGAUCAUCAUAGCAUUUAUCCUCAAAUUAAAAUAAUUUCAAGCGGUCCGAUUCCGCAAAUAAAACACCAUCAAAGUGGAUGGGUGUAGGAUUUUUUGACUGAAUUAGUUUUUUUGAAUGGAUAAAAAGAAAUAUUAAUUUUUUAAGAAGUACAAAGAAAGCCUCUAUUUCCUCUAUAUCUUCGUCUUCCAUUCUCCUUAGUCUUUAUUGCUAUUAUUUUUCAAACGAAUUUGCAAUAACUCUUGAGUUCUAUCAAAGGUUGUGUAAAUAGUAGCUAUUAAGUAUUAAUUUUGUAGGUUUUUUAAGAAUUCAAACUCGCACAUUUGUGUAGUCUGUAAGUGCAGCUGUCUUCCAAAAAAAAUAAAUUAUGGAUUCAUUGACUUUUUUGGUGAAUUUUGUGACAUUUUCCAAAGAUA